AUCUUUAUAUAAAUUUAAAAGAUCGUUAAAGAGAGUUAAAAGAUAAUUUAAAAUAUAUGAAAUAAUAAUUCAGAUUGUAAUUGUAAAAUAAUUCUGUGAGGAGCGGACAAUAUCCAUGGACAUUAUGAAAUUAGAAAAUAUUAUGAUUGAAGAAGCAGUGGAGAUAGCUGAAGGGAACAAAAAGCUCUAUGAAGAGAAGUUUGGUAAAUUUCGACAAUGGUUGAAACAACAAGCUCAUCUUCCUCAAGACAUCUCAGAUAAUCGAUUACGGUUCACCCUUUUAUCUUCAAAAUUGGAUCUAGAGAAAGCUAAAAAACGUUUAGAUUCGCAAUAUACACUUCGUACCUUGAUUCCCGAGUUUUUCGCCAAUUAUGACCCGCAGAUUGACAACAUCACUCUAGUACGCAAAUGCAUACAAUGGGUAGCUCUACCAAAGCUUACGCCGGAAAAAAUUCGAAUCAGUGUUUACCGAUUUAUAAACGAAGAUGCUUCUAUCUUUCACUUAUCGGAUGUAUUAAAAUACAUAUUCAUGUUAACAGACGUACGUCUAGAGGAAGACAUGGUAAAUUCUGAUAUUUUAAUAAUUGAUUGUAUUUAUUUAACUCUUAAUCAUUUGCUCAAAUAUACACCAAACCUUGUAAGAAAGUUGGACCUUUGUUUGGAAGCAUACGGUUUGAGAUACAAAAGUAUUUAUAUAAUAAACGCAUCAUCUUAUAUCGAUAGAAUCUUAAAAAUAAUCAAAGCGUUUAUGAGCCCAAAAAUUUAUGGGAGAAUGAAAGUUGUCGAAUCCGGAAUAGAAUCAAUAUAUGAAAUAAUAUCAAAGUCCAAUUUACCCUCAGAUUAUGGCGGUGAGCAACCGUCAAUAGAAGCCCUAACAGAUAUGUGGUAUGCGAAAUUGUUGGAACGAAGGGAAUGGUUACUGGAGCAAGAAAAAGUUAAGAGCAACGAGUCUCUACGAACUAAUAGCGUAAUAAAUGCGGAUGAAUUAUUCGGAAUUAACGGGACAUUCAACAAGUUAGAAAUCGACUGACAUCUCAAAAAUAUCUUAUUGAUAUAUUGUGAUGUUUACGAAUUUCAACAUAUAUAACGGUAAUCCAACGUGUAAUGUAAAGAAGAACCUGGGACGGAUAUAUUUACUUAAAAAUAACACAAAACAUUUCUUACAAAAAAAAUUAUGCAAAUCUUAGAUGUGUUAUGUAUAGACUAAUCUGCUAUGCAUACAUUUGAAUAACAAUGCUAUAAAAUAUAGCGCAACAAAUAAACAUGGGCACAAGUUCUAUAAUAAAAUGACAUCUUAAUGACA